CUCUUUUAUCGAUGAAAGUUUUUUCUUCACAAAAUUACAGUAUUAAAAGAAAAGAGAAAAGAAGAGAGACAAUUUCGGAACAAAGUGCUGAAUGAGAGACCGACGGCUGUUGGGUUCGGAAUGACUCAUCGCGCUACCUUCGGUUUGCUUUUAUUGCAGCUCGCUCGAGAGCGCCAAUGGAAACUCGCACGUGGAUCAGCUGACUGUCAAAGUACUGUCAAUAAAUGAUCGGAUUACGCGCUAACUCGACAGGCUAGACAGGAUAGAGAUAACGCAGCAUUUUUUUCUUACCGUGUAGAUACUGCGUAGUAUUUUGCGAAAAUGAUGGAAUCUCCUGGUCCAAGUUCAGCUGCUAAUAUUUGUGAAUUAUGUAACAAACGUACACGUUUGUAUACCUGUCCAAGAUGCAACAUAGGUUAUUGUGGGACCGAAUGUUAUAAAUCAGAUGCGCACACAGAUUGUUCAGAGAGUUUUUACAAGCAGUGCGUCGAGGACGAGUUAAAAUCUCAGGAAAAUGAUCCAGCUGUUAGGCAGAAGAUGAUAGAAAUUCUUAAAAGAGUACAUGAAGCAGAUAUUGAAGAUGAUGUUUUAAAAGAUUUUGAUGAGAGCAGUAUUGAUGACGAGAACUGUCCACUGGAUUCAGAUGAUGAGCAAGAGCUUCUCGAUUUAGAAAGCAGAUUGGAGAAUGUUAAUUUUGAAGAUCCAAAUGAAUUAUGGUCAGCCUUGUCAGAUGCAGAAAAACAAGAAUUUGAAGCGUUAUUAAAGAAUGGAGAAGCAGAAAAAUUGUUGCCCAAAUGGAUACCAUGGUGGACUCAUCGUGUUGAAAAAGAAUUAAUUCAACCCAUUGAAAAGGAUACUAUGGAUGAUUAUAAGAAUUUAAAAUAUCCUAGUUUAAUAGAUGUACCAUUAUUUAGUGAAUUGCAGAAAGCAUCUCCUUAUGUAUAUUUUAAUGUGACAAAUGUGAUAUAUGCUUAUGCAUAUACAGCUCUCUAUUAUAUUGGAGAUUAUCUAAAUUGCGCCGAAGAUGCUGCAAAUGUUUUUCUGAUUGUAUGUGCAAAUAUAAAAAACAAUGAAGUUUUCAAAGACGUAGAUUCAGCAAUUGAAUCUGUUAUAAGAAAUGUCAAAAGUGUUGACUGGUUACCACAAAAUGAAGAGUGUUUGGCAGCACUAAGAGAAGCAGGCGCUUCGAUCUUGCAGGGACCAGGUCCUGAAAUGAAAACCCUUUAUAUAUCCGUAUCACUAUCGGAACUUCAUAGAUUACUAACAGCAGCCAAGAAAGAAAUUUCAAUGCAUAAAAGUACAAAGAGCAAUCAGGAAUUCACAAAGAGGUUUCCACAUAGAUGUGAGAGUGACAUUAAUCUCUCGAAAAAAAAUAUACUUUUGUACUUAAAAAAAUUAGAAUACUAUCUAUCAUGGGUGAAAAAUUAUGGAACAAAACUUGUGUAAAUAUAAUUAAAUAUUGUUUUAUUAUUUAUUAAAACUAUA